CCCCUCGCCGCCGCAAACCAACCCCUCACCUCUCGCAAUCACGAGUAGACAGCGAUGGGGCGACGGGGCGGACAGCGAUGCCGGCGUUCUUCUCGAGCGAAUUUGACCUCGACCUCGACGGGGCAACGAGGUGGAAAGCGUCGCCGGCUUCCUCCUCCGGCGAAUUCGUUUGUCAGUAUAGCUGAGUCACCGCCCGACGCCGUUCUCUACUUAAUCCAUCGGACGCCGAAAGAAACCCUAGCUUAUUAUACCACAUGUAGAUGUGGCAAGGCUAUUUGUGCUCUAAGAAAACCAAGUUGGCUUGGAUCCCGGAAGCCCCGCUCGAGUCAGGUUGCGUGGAUAGAGAAGGGGCAGGCUUUAGGUCAACGGCCGCGCCGCCCGGCCCGUGGUCCAUACAAGCACGCUGCCGCCUAAGGGCAUGUAGUUGUUAGGCUGCCGUGGAUCGCCCUAAGCUGAUUCAGCUAGGGUUGACGGCUGGGAGCGUUAAGAAUCCAAAAUUACUCAGACCCGUCUAUGUUCUAAGGGGAUUAGGUUGGAGGCACCAGCCCGAUCUGUUUAGUCCUCCAUUUCAGCUUGGGUUUCUUUAGGGUUUCGGAUGAUGGGACAAGAAACUCCCAAACAGCUGCUGAUUUGGGGAAUCAUGGGUUGAUCAUGGUGUUGUUUGAGACACCCUCGGGCUUUGCAAUUUUCUAUUUUGACGGGAUCAGCCUCUACGAACCAGAUGCCAUGGAGAAUAUAUGGGCGCACUUCGUCACGGAAUAUAGGGCAAGCCAUGUCAUUUGGCGAAAAGACUUUCAAGUUUUUAAGGACAAGUCUGAUGCCAUUAACCAUGAUAGUGGUCUUAACAAUCAGCUUACUAACAUGCUCUUGAAGUGGUACCAACCUGGGCAGAAACUUGCUGUUGGCAAGAUUGAAUAUAAAAUAGUCAUUGAAGCAAACUUGGGAAUAUCCUGCCUGUUUGAUGAACCUGUAAUGGAGCUGAUGCGUGGGCUGAACUAUCUCAUGCAUAGUGUAGUUCCUGAAGAAAAAUCAAAGCUAGCCGAGGAGCACUGCCUCCAGACGAGUCAAGGGCUGAAAAUGCUCCUUCAUCGUUAUGGCUUUGAUAUAAAACCGGAGAUGGUUAAUGAUUGCAUUAUUGUGACAGCAUGCAACUUAUAUGAUUCUGAUUGUUGUUUAAAGAAUCAAUUUAAGAGUUUGCGCCUUGCUAGUCACUUCCUUCAGGAUGUGUCAUCCAUUAAUUUUCAAGACUGGGACAUAUUGAAACUUGCAACAGCUCUGAAGAUGGUAUGUUACCCUGAAGACGAUAUCUUGUUUGGUAAUCCUGAUGAGAUGUUUUCAACAGAUGAGUUAUCAAAGUUAGUGGCUGAUGCACAUAAAUACGAAGACAGUGGGAUCAUUAAAGGAGCUAUUUUGAGGCUCUAUAAUUUAGUGGUGUAUCUCCUUAAUUGUAAGGCAAAGUAUCAGAGGAGAUUGGCCUCCUUCGUCAAGGAGGCUAAAGAAUCAUAUGAAGCUGAGCAAGUUGUUAGAGAGAGGGGUUCCCUUCGAACUGAUGCUUUUGAAGCGGACAUACAAGUUGGGGUACAAAUGGUUGCAGGAUAAGGUCUUAGUGUUGGAUCAGUUUCUGCCCAUUCGUAGUGAUUUCUUCCGUUAGCAAUUGCUCUCCAGCUGUAGCUGAUAUCGUGAGGAUCUAUGUGCUUUUAUAUUUAACUUUCGAACUUAUUGAAGUUGGCAUGAGCGUUUCUAUGUGCUUUUAUAUUUAACUUAGAACUUAUUGAAGUUGGCA